AAUAAUGUUUUUUAAAUUAAAUAUAUUUUGUAUACAUCGGAUACAAUAAAGUACAUUCUAUCGAAAUUAUUCCAUUGCAAAAAUGCUUUUAACGUUGAAAAUAAAUUACUCUGAAACCAAAUCCUUAAAAGUUGAUUUGAUUCGCGUAGAAAUGAAACGUCAAUUAUGAGAACUGACCAAGGAACACCUUUGUAUAGUGGUAAUACCAAAGAACUUAUAAGUAAUGCAAUAAAAGAAGCAAUAACUUAUAGUGAAUAUAAUAUUGGCGGUAUAUUAGUAGAAAAUAUGCAUGACAUUCCAUAUGUAAGGCCCAAAGAUUUAACUCCUGAAACUACAGCAAUAAUGACCAGAAUUUGCACAGAAGUAAGAAAAGUAUUACCUGAAAAUAUACCCUGUGGUAUACAGAUUUUGGCAGGAUGUAACAAGGAAGCCAUAGCUGUAGCAAAGGCAGCAAAUCUUCAAUUUAUCAGAGCAGAAGGGUUUGUCUUUUCUCAUAUUGCAGAUGAGGGCUUUACAGAUGCAUGUGCUGGCUCUUUGUUAAGAUAUAGGAAACAAAUUGAUGCAGAUGAUAUUCUUAUUUUUGCUGACAUUAAAAAGAAGCAUAGUUCACAUGCAAUCACUUCUGAUGUAAGUUUAUCAGAGACAGUAAAAGCAGCAAAAUUUUUUUUAGCUGAUGGAAUAAUACUGACAGGAAUCACCACCGGUGACCCAGUUAAUGUAUCAGCAUUUACAGAGAUUAAAGAGAAUAGUGAAAUACCAAUUCUUAUUGGUUCUGGCGUUACAAAAAACAAUAUAAAAGAUUAUUUAUCCUCUGACGCUGUAAUUGUUGGAUCACAUUUUAAAAUCAGUGAAAAUUGGGAAAAUAGUAUUGAUAAAAAAAAGGUGAGCAACUUUAUGGAAAAAUUAAAAAUCCUGCAAAACUUACAAUAAUGAUUGCACUAAAAAUGUAUAUUUAAAAAAGUCAUGUUUUUUAAAUAUUAUUUUUAUACUCAUUUGUAAUUCUAAUUAAACAUAUACUGUGUACAUACCUACAAGUUAAUUUUCUACGUUCCUUAUUAUUAAUAAAAUAAAUGCUGUACAAUCGGAAAUUCGAGAGAAACGACUGACAAAAUUAAUUAUGAACGGAAUAAAACGGAAACACUCGUAACCGGUUUUAUGAAACCUGUCCUACACAUUGUAUAAUUAGACAUUUGAUGGAAGGGUAUAAACUGAGGUCUGGAAUCAAAUUUAUUAUGAUACAGCUAUAAAUUAUAUUGUUUAAUGCAAAAUCGUUAAAUUUCUCAAAAUAAUACAAAAUCAAAGACAAAUGCUAAAUAAUUUCAAAAAUAAUUAAUAAUAAAUAAUCAUAAAAAAUUAAUUUCAUCCGCAAUGAAACUUGCACAAAAACUGAAUUUAUUUACAUACUUAUUUGAAUCCAACGUAUUUAGACGCUGUUACAAUAAGCUAAAUACAUUUACUUAUCCGUGAUUAUUGUCAUUCUCAAGACACAUUUAUCCAAAACGAACAAAGAAAAUGAGAAACACUAAAUUUCUCAAAACGGAAAUGGAAAAAGCCCAUUAUUGAUACAAAGUUGACGUGACAUCGGGACUCUUCUUAUCUUGUAAGAAAUUUUUCGAAUUCAUUAAAACUCAUCAAGUUUUUAAAUGUCUAUUUUAUGGACAUAAAUAAACUUGUUCUGGUUCUGUGAUUUCGUUGAUACUUUUAUUUCUGCUCUCGAAAUAGUAGAAUUAUUUUAGUAUGAUAUAAACUCGUGGCAAAUACUAAACCGUAAUUUAUAUACGUAAGUAGGUGCCAAAGUGUGGAAAUCAGUGCUCGUGAUACAAAGAACAUGCCAAAGAAAAUUCAGUUCUCGUGUUCACAUCUACUGUUGAUAAAUAUUCUGUUUAUACACAAACAUAUAUACAUAUAUACGCAUCAUUUAUAAAAUAAUUUAGCUCGUAGAAAACCGUCUCAAAUAUAUGUACGCUUGUAAUAUCAUCAAUUUGAACUUAUAGAAAUCUUUUACAAAUACGUAUAUUAUGUGUUGUAUAAAAUAUUUUCAAAUUUUACUACCACUCUUAUGAGACUUAAUUAUUAUGAUUAUAUUGGUAAUAUUUGAAACAAAUCUGAAACUAUAUAUAUAUAAAAAUUACAAGAUAUUUAGCGCAAAUAUAUAUUUCACAGAGAUCAUAAAUCGAAAUCAUAAUAAUAAGCCUCUAUAUCAGUUUGAGAACAAAGUAGUGCGAUCGCGUUGUGUAGAUUUUGUAUCGAAAAUUCCCAGUACAUUUGAACGCUACGGACGACUGAUGGUAUUUUGUAUUUCAUUGUUAUCUUCUCAAUAACUUUUAUUGAAAAAACUUGAAAUAUUUAAUAAUAUAGAUGUGUUUCGUAAAAUAAUAAAUAUAUUUUUUUUAUUAUUUAAUUUAUACUUUACAAUUCGUCCAGCUGGACAUUCGUUGAAUAAAUAACAAAUAUGACGAGCUCUAUUGCGGCGCUUGGUUCUCUUCGUAAUCGAUUGAGACAAGCGCUAUCAUGUUAUUCGGGAUUUUCCGAUUCUGUUUUUACAACAAAUCCUGGGAUUUCGACAGAUAUUUAAUAAGAUUAUCCUGAACACGUCUCUCUAUUUUACGUACAAAUUAUUUGUAUUAUAAAAUUUUUGAAAUUUCGUUACGGAUAAAAAAUAAUUUUCUUCAA